AAGCGUGUGACGUCAUGCAGGUGGAAGCUCGACCUGCUUUGUGUCCUUUGAUGGUUAAGGUGUGUCCUUCCUUCUUUCAGGUCGACUAAAAACAUUUUACGGAGAGGAACACAGAGUUCAUACUUCGCUUCAAGAGACAGGCUGUUAUUCAGUUUGAGAAAUAACGAAAAGUUUGAAAAAACACAAUGGCUAUCUCCGCGAGUUACCGGAUCCUGUUUCUUUCCGCUUGUGUGAUUUUUGCUUCGGCACAGCAGAUAAAUAGAAGCAGAGGGCGAAGUUUAAUAGUGGUGCAGGGUUCAGACAUUGACGAGGUCGUUAAAGAUAUACUACAGAGCGGCCUCACAACCGUUUUCCUGCCAAUUAUUUACAUAUUCGUUUUUGCAUUGGGGUUGCCAAGCAACGCGAUGGCGAUAUGGGUCUUACUGUUCAGAUCAAAGAAAAUUCACCCUUCUGCCAUUUACAUGGGCAACCUGGCGCUGGCUGACCUGAUGUUUGUUAUCUGGACGCCUCUCAAGAUUGCUUACCAUUUGAAAGGAAAUAACUGGACUUAUGGGGAAGGGAUGUGCAAAGUGUUAGUGGGUUUCUUCUACGGCAACAUGUACUGCUCCAUCCUCUUCAUCACUUGUCUAAGCGUCCAGCGGUACUGGGUCUGCGCUCAUCCGCUCUCCCAGCUUAAGAAAAACAACAAGUUUGCAAUCAUCGUAUCUGUGUGUAUCUGGAUCUUCAUAUGGGUCAGCACUACACCUUUGUACCUCUACAAGCAAACAUUUGAAUCCACAGAACUCAACAUCACCACCUGCCAUGACAUCAACUUUGUCAGUCAGGAGAACUAUGUGACGGAUAACAUGUUCCUGGACGUUCAGCUGCCCUAUUAUUAUUUCAUGGUGAUGGCAGGUCUUGUGUUCUUCAUCCCGAUGUUGGUCAUCAUAGUUGCGUACGUUCUUCUCCUUCGUUCGCUUGGGAGCUCUGCAGUUGAGGGCAGUGCCGGAAAAACCCGCCAACGAGCCGUGGUCCUCAUUGUCACGGUGCUCAUAACGUUCCUGGUCUGCUUCAUCCCUAGUAAUGUGAUGCUAGUGCUUCACUACUCUGUCCAGGAAAAAAGCUGGGCCAAUAACAGCUAUGGCUUAUACAUCACCACGCUGUGCCUGGCCAGCCUCAACAGCUGCUUGGACCCCUUCAUCUACUAUUACGUCUCGGACGAGUUCAGGGAGCACGUCAAGAACACACUGCUGUGUCGAAGCAGUCGUACGGUGGACAGGAUGAGGGUGUCGUUCAGCUCCAUGAAGUACUCGAAAAAGAACAACACUUACACUUCCAGCACAGGCCCCACAGAGAGCAGCACUUGCUGAGAGCGGGUCGACAUGGGCCAUGAUAGACAGGAGUUUAUGUAUCGAGCGUUGACACCGUGGAUCUCGUGUUCUUCACUGAAUAAACUGUCUGAGAACACAUGAAGGUGUCGGUGAAGAUAUUUCGUUUCAGCUUGUCAGACUUUUGUAAACCCACAACUGAAGGAGCCCAAAAGAGUUUGAACAGAACAACCUAUUACUUCAUCACAUGUUCAGUCUAAAGCUCAGGGCUGUGAAGUCAACGCAGUUUCGUAAAACUUGAAUUGAAGCAUCUGAGCCAGGUCGUUCUGUUGUUACAUUUGAUAUUGUUCAGAUGGGCCAGGUGAAAUUAUAUUUAAUGUGAAUUUGUCAACCCGUGAACGUGUAAAUGCUCUGCUGUAAAAAUUAAGUAUGUUUUAACUUCGUCAUUCAGACAGAAUUUCUUCUGUUAAUACCGGAUUAGCAACAAUUCUUGCCAGUGUGUCACUUCUUAUACCUCACUGUAUUAUAUAAUUAGGUCAGCCACCCCACGUGUGAUGCACGUUUAAAUUAUGUUCCUAAAUUCAUGCAUAUUUGAUAGUUUAAAACAAAACAGCGGUAUCUCUGGCAACAAACCUUUCUUAUUUCUGAAUUUGAGAUUGGCUCUGUGUACAUCUGUGAAAGUUAUUUUGCACAAGUCCUUCACAUGAUGUUUAUCGUAUCAUAUAUCACAAUCUUUUUUUUUUUAAAUCAAAUGUCACUAUACGUCUUUCCAGAAAAUGCAGCUAAUAAAACCGCUGUGACUGUUUUACCCCCCAAGGCACAAUGCCUUUUCAAUAAAUCUUUUGUUUGCUUUGAAAUGUUUUGCUUCCUGCAGAAUUAAUAGUUACCAAAUGAAUAAUUGAAUGUGGAGCAUGCUAUGUUUGUCUACACUCUUAAAAAUAAGGGUCCAAAAAGGGGGUUUUCACAGAACCUUUCAGUAAACAGAACCAUUUUUUAUAAUGAAAAGAACAUUUGAAAAUUCUAAAGAACCUUUUCUACUAUAAAGAGCCUUUUGCCCAAUGUAAAGGUUUUAUUGAUGUAAAAAGUCCUUUGUGGAACCAGAUUUUUAAAGAGUGGGUGAGUCACAUGUCAUUGUUAGAAACUAUGACACACUGUUAUCAUCGCAAUCUAUGAAACUAGCCAACCUUGUGAUCUAAGACUUCAUGAUGAUAUCUUUGAGGCUGUAAGUUUGAACUCUUUUAGUUACUGUUUUGUUGAGACAAAAUGGGCCUCAUUUAU